UGGAAAAUGACGAUCAUAGACAUGGCAAUUGCGUCACUUUACCAUCUAGUUCGAAAAAUGACAUAUUCAAUAGUUCAUUAAUGAUGACAGAUUAUCUCAAAAAAGAAAAUAUUGAAGCCUCAUCUAUCGGUUCUUCAUCUGGGAAUGCUCCGAAAAUGUCGGAACAAGAGUCGUCUGCAUUGUCUUAUAAGCCAUCAAAAUUUGCGUUAAUGUAUCAAGACAAAAUACCCCCGUGCAAGCAUAAGCUCGCAUUAUCAAAGGAUCAAAAGACGAGUAGAAAAUUAGAUGAGCAAUCAAAUAUGUCAAUGGCCUCUACAGAGGAUCAUAGUCGGAAAGAGUUUGGGAAUCAGCCUGUGAAAAGAGAACAUAAAGAAUUAACCAACUUGAUAUGUACCAAUGAUCAGUAUGAGCCUAUGUUAUCAUCUGAUACUUCAGUACCAGUGAGGGACGACCAUAAUUGGUGUGGGCGAUUGUAUAAGAAAAUUACCUCUGCAAAAAACGAUUAUAACGAGAAAUUUAUUGGUGAGAUAACUCUUAAUAUGAUGAUUUUAUUUAAAAGGGACCCACAAUUCCACCAAGAAAUACGACGAACAGAUAAACUUGUGAUUGAACGUGUUCAAUCACUGAAACUACUUGUUAAAGUAAUCGAGCAUGAUGCGGCGGCGGAGGGUAAAAAAAAAGAUUCAAGUGAACCAUUUUACGCUAUCUACCUAGUGUCGGAAUAUGAUGGAAAAAAAUCCGACCUUCACCUUGAAUCAAAAGAGCUUAGAAAAAAAGAUGAGAUGGCGGUAAUUUCGUUAAAUUCAUGGGUUCUAUUUUUGAUACCUCCCUAUUCUUCUUUGUGCACCCAACUUCGAAUUGAGCGUCCUACAGAACCUUUUAUCAUGUUACGCUAUAAAAAAGACAAAUUUCCUAUGAAUUAUUUAAUGCAAUGGUCUUCUGAAACUUUGUCAGACCUAGAAGAAUCAAAAUUUAUUUUAGUUGAAAAAAAUAAAAGUGACCAAAUAUUCGAUUUUAUGAUAUCUAUCGGCGCAAGGGAAACGACAAUUCUUGAUCCGCAUAUUGAUUGUAUACUGAUUUAUCAAAGAAACUUCAGAAAACCCCCUUCUCCUGGACUUAAUUAUAUGGAUGUGAGGUAUAAGCGAGGGGUUAAGUUCUAUCUAAUUGAAGAACCUGGAUUAAUUCCAAGUGAAAUUUUAGUUUCAGGUGGUAUUAUUGUAAUAACAGAAAGAGCUCUUUUGAAAUAUGAUCAGAUUUUAGGAAACAUGCAACAAUUUCUUAACCAUGUAUAG